AUGAUUAUUAGUCGUGAGGCGACCGUCAAGAUGAAAGCAGCGGCCAAGUUUAGUUUCAGUUUCCUGGUGCUCCUCAGUGUGAUCUUCGGACUUUCCACUGCCCAGACGCAGCUUCGCAGGCAGUAUGAGCUGAAUAGGCGAACACCGGGCAGCCCGGUGGCACCGAUACGCAACCGAGAAUCGGUGGCUCCAGCGGAAGCACCCGUCCGCAGUACGGUGAGACAACAAGGACCUGUACAGGCAGCGGGCAGUUCAGACGAGAUCGACCCGGAACUGUCGGAGAACUGCCCCGAACCGAACGGUUACUUCGCGGAUGCGGAACAGUGCGAUAAGUACUACCAAUGCCGCGAUGGUCAGCUCACGGAGAAGCUCUGCCCGGACGGUAUGGUGUUCAACGACUACGACUCCGAGCAGGAGAAGUGCGAUCUGCCCUUCAACAUCGAUUGCAGCAAGCGUCCGAAGUAUCAAACACCGAAACCUUCCCUACACUGUCCGCGCCAAAACGGAUACUUUGCCAGCGAGACGGGAGCUUGCGAUAAGUUCUACUACUGCGUCGAUGGUAUGUUCAACAUGAUCACGUGCCCAGAAGGGUUGGUGUUUAAUCCUCGCACCGGUAUCUGCACCUGGCCGGAUGAGGCCCAAAAGAAGGGCUGCUCGUCGGAGGACGUGUUCAAGUUCAGCUGCCCGAAGGUGAACGAAACCGAAGCAGCCACCCAUCCCCGUUACGCCGACCCGGACGAUUGUCAGUUCUUCUACGUAUGCAUUAACGGUGAAACACCUCGCCGAAACGGCUGCAAACUCGGUCAAGCCUUUGACGACGUCGCUAAACACUGCGAGUGGGCCCGCAAGGUGCCGGAUUGCGCUGACUGGUACAAGGAUCGGCUCACCGAUAAGCAGCUAGAGGAGCUCGAGAACCCACCGACACCGAAACCAAAGCCAGCGAACAGCCCCUCGAAGGUGUCUCGGCGGCGGCCUUCAAAGCGACCGAAGCAACCUUCCGUUGAGCAGGAGUAGAAGCGCAAGCGGACUCUUUUGUCCGUUGUUUCAUGACGCCCCUUUGCUGUGGCUAGUCGUGUCCUUCGAGGUGGGAUGUGGUUGCUGCGAUUUCGAAAGAAAGUCCUGUUGCGGUGGUGCGAUUGAAUCCAAGCAAGCAGCAACCUCCACUCGAGUGCAAUGUUUUCAAGACAAUCAAUAUGUUGAAUAAAAGUAUUU